UACAUAGUUAUUUUUGAAAAGUAUAAAAAAAUAAAACAUAAUAAAUAAAUAUAUAAAUUAAUUUUCAAUCAAAGGGAAAUUGACUUAAAAGUUUGUUUUAAUUUGUAUGACUUUUUUAUAUAAUUUAAAAGAAGCAUAACUAUAAAAUGCCAAGAACAAAAAUUUCAAAAGCCAAAAGAAAUCGUGAUGCCGCCAAAGAUGAGAGAGAAGAAAUUAAGAAUGAAAGGCUAAGACAGUUCGAUAAUUUGUGGGAUCAAAUAGAAGAAGAAUGGAUAUGUUCAUAUAAUAGUCUUAUCGAGGAAUUCAACGCAAAGAGAAAUAUGCUUAAAUUGCAAUUAACUCCAAAAGAGUUAUCUAUGAAACUUUAUGACAACAUGAAUGGAAAUGAUCAAGAACAAAUAGCUAAAGUCGAUUCUAAAAAUGUUAGCACAUCCAGUAUUUCUAGUUUAGCACCAACAUCAUCUGUGUUAAGUGCAUCCAGUUGCAUUAGUAAAAAAUCUAAUGACGAAGGAUACCUUACAGAAGAUAGCGGAAAUGCCAGAAAUUCAAAUCUACUACGAUUACCAACUAUUCCAACUCACAUGGGCAGAACCCCCGGUCCACUUAGUUCAGCUAAAGCUAGACCCCGAAUGCGACGUAGCAGGUCAGCUACUGGCACUAUUAACAGUGCACAAAAAAAUCAAACAACAUCGAUAACUAGUGAACACAACUCACGAUCUAAAUUACGUACACCGUUGCUGCAACAAAAAUCGUCCGCACGAGCAAAGGCAGUUAGUGCUGAUCGCAUUUCAGCUUUGGUUUCAAACAUAAACAGCGAUGCAUCGCCAAUUUUAAGAAGAUGGGCCAGACCUGGUGAAACUAUAAUUUCUCUGUCAGGAAGCCCGAUAGUUAUUCCAAUGAUUCCUGAUUCUUUCGCAAAUGUUAAUAUUCCAACAAAAAGUGGAACAUUUUCUUUAAGAUCAAAAAAGCUAGAUUCAACAGAAAUUGGAAAAAUGAUUGCGGAAAAUUUAAGUCCUGAAACAUUAAUGGAAAUGAAGCAAUUGCAGGCUAAUUUAAAUGUAAUUAUGAGCCAUGCUGAUAAGAAUUUUUAAAAUGUAUGGGUAAUGUCGAUAGAUUAACUUUAACUUUACUAGAUUUAAUUUGUUUCUUAUUUUUUUUUUGUAUAAUUUUUAAAUACUUUUCAAACUUUGAAUAA